GCUCCCAGCCGCCGCGGUGAGGCCAGGGUGCCGCACCAUGAUCACGGCCCCCAGAGACCGUCGUGCUCGUGAGCCGCUCUCCCUAGCUCCCCGGUCCGCCUCAGUCCCCUCGGCAGCGCUCGGAGUCUGCCGCGGGAAUUGAGCCGUCCGCCGCCGGGGUGUUUUGACGAAGCUCUCGGAGGGGCUCUGAGCACAGGAGGGCGCGAGGGUGCAAGAGCGCGCUGGGGUCAGGCGGUCGGCGGGGUCGCCUCCGGAGGGGCGUUUCCGAGGCGAGGAGGAGGAGGAGGAGAUGCUGCUCUUCUUCUUUCCCUCCCCAGGCUCCUGCUCCGGCUCCUUCUGCCCACGCCCGCAGCCGCUUGAGGGAGAAGAGGUGGUGGCUGUCUGCGCCCGCUGCGGCUGCCGGCCGCCCGCCCCGACGCCGCGUCCCCGCAGCCCUCGCCCCGCGCGCCAGUAGCAGGACGCGGUCUCUGGACUCCCGGUAGUAUGCAUGUGUCACUAGCUGAGGCCCUGGAGGUUCGGGGUGGACCUCUGCAGGAAGAAGAAAUAUGGGCCGUACUAAAUCAAAGUGCUGAAAGUCUCCAAGAAUUAUUCAGAAAAGUAAGCAUAGCUGAUCCCGCUGCCCUGGGCUUCAUUAUUUCUCCAUGGUCUCUACUGUUGCUACCAUCUGGUAGCGUGUCAUUUACAGAUGAAAAUAUUUCCAAUCAGGAUCUUCGAGCAUUCACUGCACCAGAGGUUCUUCAAAAUCAGUCACUAACUUCUCUCUCAGAUGUUGAAAAGAUCCAUAUUUAUUCUCUUGGAAUGACAUUGUACUGGGGGGCUGAUCACGAAGUACCUCAGAGCCAACCUAUCAAGCUUGGAGACCAUCUCAAUAGCAUACUUCUUGGAAUGUGUGAGGAUGUUAUUUAUGCUCGAGUUUCUGUUCGGACUGUCCUGGAUGCUUGCAGCGCCCACAUUAGGAAUAGCAAUUGUGCACCUUCAUUUUCCUAUGUGAAACACUUGGUAAAACUGGUUCUGGGAAAUCUUUCUGGGACGGAUCAACUUUCCAGUAACAGUGAACAAAGGUCUGAUCGAAGCCAGGCUAUUCGAGACAGAUUGAGAGGAAAAGGAUUACCAACAGGAAGAAGCUCUACUUCUGAUGUACUAGAUAUACACAAGUCUCCAUUCUCUCAUCAGACCUUUCUUAACAAAGGGCUUAGUAAAUCUAUGGGAUUUCUGUCUAUCAGAGACUCACAAGAUAAGGAAGACUAUCUCAAGGACAUUUUAUCAAAUAAUAAUUCUGGGCAUGAAGAAUCUGAAAAUAUGUGCUCCCCUUACCAGUUCAAAACCAGUGGCCCAGAAAAAAAAGUUAUCCCUGGCAUUGAUGUGCUUCCUAAGAAGAAAAUUUGGGCUUCAUCCAUGGACUUGCUUUGUACAGCUGACAGAGACUUCUCUUCUGGAGAGCCUAGCACAUCCCUGUGCUGUCACCCUGAGGCAGUUACAGUGCGUACUUCAACCACUCCUAGAAAAAAGGAGGCAAGAUACUCAGAUGGAAGUAUAGCCUUGGAUAUCUUUGGCCCUCAGAAAAUGGAUCCAAUGUAUCACACUCGAGAAUUGCCCACCUCCUCAGCAAUAUCAAGUGCUUUGGAACGAAUCCGAGAGAGACAAAAGAAACUUCAGGUUCUGAGAGAAGCCAUGAAUGUAGAAGAACCAAUGCGAAGAUACAAGACUUACCACAGUGACAUCUUUAGUGUCUCCAGUGAAAGUCCAUCUAUUAUUUCCUCUGAAUCAGAUUUCAGACAAGUUAGAAGAAGCGAAGCCUCAAAGAGGUUUGAAUCCAGCAGUGGUCUCCCAGGGGUAGAUGAAACCCAAGGUCAAGGCCAGUCACAGAGACCCAGCAGACAAUAUGAAACACCCCUUGAAGGUACCUUGAUUAAUCAAGAGGUCAUGCUAAAACGUCAAGAAGAAGAGAUGAUACAACUGCAAGCCAGAAUGGCCCUGAGACAGUCUCGGUUGAGCCUUUAUCCAGGAGACACGAUCAAAGCUUCCAUGCUUGACAUCACCAGGGAUCCCUUAAGAGAAAUUGCCCUAGAAACAGCCAUGACCCAAAGAAAACUGAGAAAUUUCUUUGGCCCUGAGUUUGUGAAAAUGACGAUUGAACCAUUUAUAUCUUUGGAUUUGCCACGGUCUAUCCUUACCAAGAAAGGAAAGAGUGAGGAUAACCGAAGGAAAGUAAAUGUAAUACUUCUGAGUGGGCAGAGACUGGAAUUGACCUGUGAUACCAAAACUAUAUGUAAAGAUGUAUUUGAUAUGGUCGUGGCCCAUAUCGGCUUAGUGGAGCAUCACUUGUUUGCAUUAGCCACCCUCAAAGAUAAUGAAUAUUUCUUUGUUGAACCUGAUUUAAAAUUAACCAAAGUAGCCCCAGAGGGAUGGAAAGAAGAACAAAAGAAAAAGAGCAAAGCCACUGUUAAUUUUACUUUGUUUUUCCGAAUUAAAUUUUUCAUGGAUGAUAUUAGUCUAAUACAACAUACUCUUACCUGUCACCAGUAUUAUCUUCAGCUGCGAAAAGAUAUUUUGGAGGAGAGGAUGCACUGUGAUGAUGAGACUUCCUUAUUGCUGGUCUGCCAAAGACUGACAGAAUAUGGAGUUCACUUUUACCGAGUACACCCCGAGAAAAAGUCACAAACAGGAAUAUUGCUUGGAGUCUGUUCUAAAGGUGUCCUUGUGUUUGAAGUUCACAAUGGAGUUCGCACAUUGGUCCUUCGCUUUCCAUGGAGGGAAACCAAGAAGAUUUCUUUUUCUAAAAAGAAAAUCACAUUGCAGAACACAUCAGAUGGUAUAAAGCAUGCCUUCCAGACAGAAAACAGUAGGGUGUGCCAGUACCUGCUGCACCUCUGCUCUUCCCAGCAUAAGUUCCAGCUGCAGAUGAGAACAAGACAAAGCAACCAGGAUGCCCAAGAUAUUGAGAGAGCUUCGUUUAGGAGCCUGAAUCUCCAAGCAGAGUCCGUUAGAGGAUUUAAUAUGGGACAAGCAGUCAGCACUGGCAGUCUGGCCGGCAGCACCCUGAACAAACUUGCCGUUCGACCUUUAUCAGUUCAAGCUGAAAUUCUGAAGAGGCUAUCCUGCUCUGAGCUGUCGCUUUACCAGCCAUUGCAAAACAGUUCAAAAGAGAAGAGUGAUAAAGCUUCAUGGGAGGAAAAACCUAGAGGGAUAAGUAAAUCAUACCAUGAUCUCAGUCAGGCUUCUCUAUAUCCUCAUCGGAAAAAUGUCAUUGUUAACCUGGACUCCCCACCACAAACCGUUGCAGAGUUGGUGGGAAAACCUUUUCACCAGAUGGCAAGAUCUGACACAGAAUCUUUGGCAGGAUUGACAAAACUUAAUAAUUCAAAGUCUGUUGCGAGUUUAAAUAGAAGUCCUGAAAGGAAGAAACAUGAAUCAGACUCCUCUUCCUUUGAAGACCCUGGUCAAGCAUGUGUUCUAGGAAUGACUAUGCAUAGUUCUGGAAAUUCUUCAUCCCAAGUCCCCAUUAAAGAUAAUGAUAUACUACACAAAAGAUGGAGCAUAGUGUCCUCACCAGAAAGGGAGAUCACGUUGGUGAACCUGAAAAAAGAUGCAAAGUAUGGCCUAGGAUUUCAAAUUAUUGGUGGGGAGAAGAUGGGAAGACUGGACCUAGGGGUAUUUAUCAGUUCUAUUACCCCUGGAGGACCAGCUGACUUGGAUGGAAGCUUAAAGCCAGGAGACCGUUUAAUAUCUGUGAAUAGUGUGAGUCUGGAGGGAGUAGGCCACCAUGCUGCAAGUGAAAUAUUGCAAAAUGCACCUGAAGAUGUGACACUUGUUAUCUCUCAGCCAAAAGAAAAGAUAUCCAAAGUGCCUUCCACUCCUGUACAUCUUGCCAAUGGGAUGAAAAGCUUCAUGAAGAAACCUCCCUACAUGCAAGACAGUGCCAUCGAGUCUUCUUCCGAGGACCACCACUGGCCGCGUGGUACUCUGAGGCACAUCUCAGAGAGCUCCUUUGGGCUGUGUGGGGGCCUGCGGGAAGGAAGCCUAAGUUCUCAAGAUUCUAGGACUGAGAGUGCCAGCUUGUCCCAGAGCCAGGUGAAUGGCUUCUUUGCCAGCCAUUUAGGUGACCGAACCUGGCAGGAAUCACAGCACAUCAGCCCUUCCCCAUCUGUAAUAUCCAAAGGCACUGAGCAAAAGAGGAUUUCCAGCAACAGCAACCGAAGCAAAACUAAAAAGCCAGGCGUUUCAGAUGCCACAGAUUACUCUGACCGUGGAGAUUCAGACAUGGAUGAAGCCACUUACUCCAGCAGUCAGGAUCAUCCAGCACCCAAAAAGGAAUCUUCCUCCUCAAUGAAUAUAUGCAACAAAAUGAAUUUUAAAACUUUUUCUUCAUCACCUCCUAAACCUGGAGAUAUCUUUGAGGUUGAACUGGCUAAAAAUGAUAACAGCUUGGGAAUAAGUGUCACGGGAGGUGUGAAUACCAGUGUCAGACAUGGUGGCAUUUAUGUGAAAGCUAUUAUUCCCAAGGGAGCAGCAGAGUCUGAUGGCAGAAUUCACAAAGGUGAUCGUGUUCUUGCUGUCAAUGGAGUUAGUCUGGAAGGAGCCACCCAUAAGCAAGCUGUGGAAACACUGAGAAAUACAGGACAGAUGGUUCAUCUGCUGUUAGAGAAAGGACAGUCUCCAGCAUCCAAAGAACAUGUCCCUGUAACACCACAGUGUACCCUUUCAGAUCAGAGUGCCCAAGGCCAAGCCCCAGAAAAACUGGUGAAGAAAACAACUCAUGUUCAGGACUACAGCUUUGUCACUGAAGAAAAUACAUUUGAGGUAAAAUUAUUUAAAAAUAGCUCAGGCCUAGGAUUCAGUUUUUCUCGAGAAGAUAAUCUUAUACCUGAGCAAGUGAAUACCAGCAUAGUAAGGGUUAAAAAGCUCUUUCCUGGACAGCCAGCAGCAGAAAGUGGAAAAAUUGAUGUGGGAGAUGUUAUCUUAAAAGUGAAUGGAGCUUCUUUGAAAGGACUGUCUCAGCAGGAAGUCAUAUCUGCUCUCCGGGGAACUGCUCCAGAAGUAUCCUUGAUUCUCUGUAGACCUCCACCUGGUGUGCUACCAGAAAUUGAUGCUGCUCUCUUGACCCCAGUUCACUCUCCAGCACAAGUACUUCCAAACAACAGUAAAGAUUCUUCGCAACCAUCAUGUGUAGAGCAAGGGACUAGCUCAGAUGAAAAUGAAAUGUCUGAUAAAAGCAAGAAAUGUUGCAAGUCCCCAUCCAGAAGAGACAGUUAUAGUGAUAGCAGUGGUAGUGGAGAAGAUGACUUAGUGAAAGCUCCAGCCAAGAUAUCAAACAUGACUUGGAGUUCAGCUCUGCAUCAGACCCUAAGCAGCAUGGCAUCACAGGCACAGAGUCAAGAAGAAGCACCCAAGACUCAGGAAGAUGCUAUUUGUGCCAUGUUUUACUAUCCUCAGAAAAUUCCCAGUAAACCAGAAUUUGAGAACAGUAAUCCUCCUUCCCCUCUACUACUGGAUGUACCUCCUGGGCAGAGUUAUCAAUCCCAAUCAGAAUCUGCUUCCUCUAAUUCAGUGGAUAAAUACCACAUACAUCACACAUCUGAACCAACUAGACAAGAAAAUUUGACAUGCCUGAAAAAUGACUUGGAAGACCACCUUGAUGAUUUUGAGCUGGAAGUAGAACUCCUCAUUACUCUAAUUAAAUCAGAAAAAGGAAGCCUGGGUUUCACAGUAACCAAAGGCAAUCAAAGUAUUGGUUGUUACGUUCAUGAUGUCAUACAGGAUCCAGCCAAAGGCGAUGGAAGGCUAAAACCUGGGGACCGACUCAUCCAGGUUAAUGAUACAGACGUCACAAACAUGACUCACACAGAUGCAGUGAAUCUGCUCCGAGCAGCACCCAAGACAGGAUUAUCAGUAUUGACUGACCUAAACCUGUUGUGGCCCAUUCCCAGAGCUCAGAAGAAAAAUGGUCAUCCAGUAAUUCCCAGUUCAAAGGGGUCUGCCAUUUCAACUCCAAAGUCAACCAAAGCCAAUGGUCAUCACAGUGUAGAGCCUUGUGGUCAGCCUGGCCUCACUUCUAAGGUUAAUGAGGACGAAAUCAUUGAAGUUUUGUACCCUGAAGGAAAAUGUUCAGCUUAUCAAAUGAAGGGAUCAGCAAAUCUGACUCUGUCCAAAGAAUCAUAUAUACAGGAAGAUGACAUUUAUGCUGACCCUCAAGAAGCUGAAGUCAUCCAGUCUCUGCUGGAUGUUGUGGAUGAGGAAGCCCAGAAUCUUCUAAACCAAAAUAAUGCAGGAGGAGAUGCCUUUGUUUCAGGUACAUUAAAGACAAAUGGGAAGUUAACAGAAGAGAGAGCAGAAGAUACAGACUGUGAUGGUUCACCUUUACCUGAGGAUUUUUCUGAAUCUACCAAAAUGAAUGGCUGUGAAGAAUGUUGUGAAGAAAACGUAAAAAGCGAAAGCUUAAUUCAGAAGUCACGAGAAAGGAAGACUGAUGAUGACGAAGUAACGUGGGGAAGUGAUGAAUCGCCAGUAGAGAGAACAAACAACGAAGAUUCUGAUAAAGAUCACCCAUUUCUGUCAAACGAGGAGCUUGCUGCCCUCCCUGUCGUCAAAGUGCUUCCCGCUGGUAAAUACACUGGUGCCAAGUUGAAAUCAGUCAUUCGAAUGUUGCGGGGUUUACUAGAUCAAGGAAUUCCUUCUAAGGAGUUGGAGAAUCUUCAAGAACUAAAACCUUUGGAUCAGUGUCUAACUGGACAGACUAAGGAAAACAGAAAAAAGAACAGAUAUAAAAAUAUCCUUCCAUAUGAUGCUACAAGAGUGCCUCUUGGAGAUGAAGGUGGUUAUAUCAAUGCCAGCUUCAUUAAGAUACCAGUGGGGAAAGAAGAGUUUGUUUACAUUGCCUGCCAAGGACCUCUCCCCACAACUGUUGGAGAUUUCUGGCAGAUGAUUUGGGAACAAAAAUCCACAGUGAUAGCCAUGAUGACCCAAGAAGUAGAAGGAGAAAAAAUCAAAUGCCAGCGUUAUUGGCCUAACGUCCUAGGCAAAACGACAAUGGUCAACGACAGACUUCGGCUGGCCCUUGUGAGAAUGCAGCAGCUAAAGGGCUUUGUGGUGAGGGCAAUGACCCUAGAAGACAUUCGGUUUGAUAUCUCUGAUCUAGUACGCUGCAUGAGACUACAAAGACACGGAAUGGUUCAGACAGAGGAUCAAUAUAUUUUCUGCUAUCAAGUCAUCCUUUAUGUCCUGAGACGUCUUCAAGCUGAAGAAGAGCAAAAAGAGCAGCUUCAGCUUCUGAAAUGAGAGGAAAAGAGCCUUCUGGUUAUGUUUCUCCUCCCUCCUUAGCCUCAGCAGACUCCUGCUCUCUCUCUGAAAUGACGAUCACAGAGCAGCAAGUCCGUACAGUACCAUUGUGCUUACUCUCUUCUUAGAGUAUUUU